GCAAAAAAUUUGACAAUUCACUUUCCGAAUUUCCGAAAGUGUCAGUGUUCGGCCAUUCUUGUUGGAAAAAUUAGUGGAGUAUUAAAAUUGCAAAAUGCUGUCGCGAAUGGCCCUUUUGCAAGCUACCCAGAGGCCCCUGGUGUCUCUAAUGGCGAGAUCUGCUACCAGCACAACAGGAGGCGAACAAACCUUCCAGAGACCUGUACGUUUGGAGCACCCUGGAAAAGUCAGGAUGGGGUUCAUUCCGGAAGAAUGGUUCCAGUUCUUCUACAAUAAAACCGGUGUUACUGGACCCUAUACCUUCGGAGUGGGUUUGCUCACGUACCUGUGUUCCAAGGAAAUCUACGUGAUGGAGCAUGAGUACUACAAUGGUCUAUCCUUUGCCAUCCUUAUUGUGAUCUUUGUGAAGAAACUGGGGCCGAAGAUAGCAGCAUUCUGCGACAAGGAAAUCGAUCGUAUUGAGUCAGAUUGGAGUGAGGGAAGGAACACAGACAUCAAGAUGUACGAGCAGGGUAUUGAAGACGAGAAGAAGUCACAGUGGUCAGCUGAAGGACAAUCUUUGCUCCUACAAGCUAAGAAGGAAAAUAUUGGCCUCCAACUUGAAGCAACUUACCGUGAAAGGCUCAUGACGGUGUACAAUGAGGUAAAACGCCGCUUGGACUAUCAACUUGAGGUCCAGAAUGUUCAUCGUCGUAUCCAACAGAAGCACAUGGUCAACUGGGUGGUCAACAAUGUCCUGAAAUCAAUCACACCGGAGCAAGAGAAGGAGCUCCUCAAUAAAUGCAUUGCUGAUUUGGGGGCUUUGGCUUCCAAAGCCAAGUAAACCAUCUGCUUGGAGUUGAUUUAGAUGAAAUAAUUGUGUAUCUUCGAAAUUACUAUGUUGCAAUUAGGUAAUAUGGUAUGAUCGCUGGCAAAGAAAAAUUAAAAAGUUCUCAAAAAAA